CAGAAUAUCGUGAGAUUCAACAGUUUUCAUUUAUAAUUUAAAUAGGCUGUGUGGAUCUUCUAAUAUAACCGUACUUUGUGCUUUAAACAAACAAAUAUGUUGUAAUAUAAGUAUAGUCGUUACAUUUCUCUAAGUUUAGGGUAACCGGCGAGAAAUUGAAGUAAAAAUAGGGAUGGUUAGCGGCAACGUGUUUCCACAUGAAUUACCAUUGGUCAUUGAACGCGAGUAGCGUAAAGCAAUUUCACUCUCGUCCACCAAGGCAACCACGAGGCCCUGUCAUUUUCAAAGCAGUUCUUUAAGCGUAGUGGAGGGAGUUUUAAUGAAAAAUAACAUAAAGACCUUAAGCGACUUCAUAAAUAACCCCAACAGAUUAUAAACAUCAGGAAUUAUCGUUGACAGAAGACGCCAUCACUGAAGGACCCAGUUUGCUGACGACAGAUUGUGACAUUUCUCCGGGGGAAUAAUGGAAAUUGUAAACAGCAAAGGGCCAAUUCUGAGUAACUGGGAAGUUUAUGCACUGCUUCAAGAUCUAUGUUCUCAGGAUGGAAAAGGAAGACGAAGCUUGGCCAAGACGCAGACGCAUUUCGCUAAGAUAGCUUUUGAUACUCUGAAGUACCUUGAGAAAACACCAUGUCGCACCCAAAGUCCAGAGGUAAUUCACAGCUUCCUCGAGUCAAUUAAGGAUUUCAAACUGACCAAAGCUGAAAAACUCCAGCUGAUAAACUUACGACCGACAACUCCUGUUGAGAUGCAGUUGAUCAUUGAAGACAGUGAGGAGCGUCUGACAGAGGAGCAAGUGGAUCAGCUCAUCACGUUAAUAGACCACCACCUGCCCGACAGUCCUGAGCAGAUGGUAAAUGGAAAGCCAAAUCAAUAACAAUAGCUUAAAUGGGAUGAUUGUGUGUAUUAUAUUUUUACGGCAGUUCACGUUUUUAUAUUGUUUAAGGUUUGCUGUUGAUUUUUGUACUCUUGCUAGUUCAAUUCAUUGAUAAUUUUGCUGUUAAGCUUUGUUGAAGUUUAGCCUGUGAAUAAUCAGUACUACUGUACUACUGUUGAGGAUAUUAAGAUUGCGUUGUAAUGUAUAAAUUGAAAAAGGGUGGUCUGUAACUGAACUGAACAAGCCACCACUUUUCAUUUGGUCAGUUGCAAAAGUAUUCAUGAUAGCUCACUUGUCAUAAUGCAUUUAUUUUGAGAUUCAGAAUUUCCAUUGUAAGUGUAAAGUAAAUAGUUUGCAAGUGAUCUUUAGCAUGUUUAAUAUACAGACAAUUUAUACCCUAGUAACACAAAACAAUUGUUUGUGGAUUAAGUCAGGUCCUCAUAUACUGUAGUAUAUAAGAGAUCCUCACAUGAAAAUGAAAGAGGAGGUACCAAGUCUUUCAACUUUUAUUCCAAAGUCCUGAAGAUGACUUUGAAAUAAAAGUUGAAAGUCUUGGUACCUCCUUUCAUUUUCAUGUGAGGAUUACUUUUGGAACGGCAAGAUAUACUGUAGUAUGUGGAUCCAGUUAAUAAAAUGUGAGCUGUAAAUACGCUGUUCAUAAGGGAGCAACUACGAUGAACAACUUUUAUGUUUUUUAGAAAAUAUAUGAGUAGGAUGUUAUAUAGGUAAGUGCAAGAGCAAUACCAAUGACUAAAAUUAAAUUGACAUGAGUAAACUAUUUAACAAUAAUAUUGUAGUAAAGCUGGGAAACAGUAGCACAAUUUAGCAUAUUUUUCAUAAUUAUGAAUGAAGAUUUUAUUUGGAUUAUGUCGUCUAAUCUUCAGUGUAAAUGUCAUUCAGCAGUUACAUUUAUAGUUAAUAUAUUAAUAAGUAGUUCUGUAUAACAUUAAUUGCAAGCCAUGCAACCAAAAUUAUAGAGGAAAAAAUUCUGUGGUGUGUUAUUGUAUGUGUAUUUAAUUCAUCAUUUGACUGGACUAAAGAUGAAUCUUGACUUUUCAUAACUGGUGUAUAUGUAUAGUAGUUACUUGUUAGAAAGGGUGUCCAAGUUUAGGUGGAAAAAUCAUUAUCCUUUUAAAGAGAUUAAAGUUCAGAAUCUCAGUAGAGCUUCUAAGAUUAUAUACAUUUUUAACUCCCAAUGCUUUAGUUUGCUUGGAGUAAUGUAUUCCCCUGGUGAGAGAUUUUAAAUUACAAAAGGUUAGUGUACAGCUUUUGAGAAUAAUUUCCAUUUUUAAUAACCAAAUUAUCUGGGAAGAAUUUUUCCUUUUAAUACUCAAUUGCUCAAAAAUGAAACAUGGAAUGAAUAGUCUUAAUGUUUACAUUAAGUAGACUGUAUUUCUAAGGGGUGAUUUAGCUUUCAAAAGUGGCCACUAGUAGGACCAUUGUUAACCUAAUAUUUGUUUAGUAAUUUAUGGAGUUUAAAUGGCUUAAACUGUAUAUUGAAGGUUGUGAUAUUUUGUGUGGGGCUUAUUGUGAAAUGUAUUGUAUCAGAAAGAUGAUACUGAACAAUGUAUGUAACAUUUUUUUGUUUAUGCUGAAAAACUUAAUAUAUUUUGUAUUAAAUGA